UGGCAGCCUUCAUGAGAUUGGCAAUUCUUCUAGGAUCACUGGCACUCGUCACCUCAGCCUCCCCCACCAUCACUCCACAGAACCAAAACCAAGACCUUCUUGGCGCCACUGAAGAGAUGCAAAGGGCCAACUACUUCACCUUCGUCACACUCAUCAACAUGGCCUCUCUUGACUCAAAAAUCCAAGCCAAUGUCACCUUCUUGAUGCCCAAUGACAGGAUGCUCUCAAGGAACGUUAUGGCUCCAGGCUCCGUUUCUGGCUUCUUGCUCCGCCAUUCCAUUCAUUCACCACUGCUUUUCGACGACUUGGAGCGUCUCCCAACCGGCUCCAUCAUCCCCAGUUCGCUGCCGGACUACAUGCUCAAAAUCUCCAACAAUGGCAGGAAAAACUUCUCUCUUAACAAUGUGAAAAUCAUUAGCCCAAAUAUUUGUACAGAGGGGUCUUCCAUCCGGUGCCAUGGCGUUGAUGGGGUUUUGCUACCGACAUUGAUGCCGGAGCACAACACAACCUCUCCAUCACCUUCUUGCUCCAACAGCUCAAGCCCUCCUGCUGCAGGGGCUACAUCCCCUGCCCCAUCUUUCCCAUCACCACCUGCUAUAGCGGCUGCCCCAUCACCCAUGCUAUUAAAUUCCAGUCCACAAAAACCAGGGCCUUCUCCAUUGUUGUCUUAUGGGGGAACAGUUAAAUUCUUGGUGACCUCUUUGAUGGUGUUGAUCGUGGGGUCUAUCUAGUGUACCAUAGUUUGAAAUCCUUUGCAGAUGCUAAUUGAAUCACGGGUAUUGGAAAUUUCUUGAAGAGUUCUU